AUGUUGCAGUCAGUUGGAUUUCUGCUCCUGCUGCUCUUGGGCAGCUCCAUUUCAGUCUUGCAGAACAGCAGCGAGGUGGCCAAGGCCCUGGCGGAUGAGGAUGAUGAUGUGCCCAUCGGCAGCGACAAGGAGCUCUCGGAUCUGGUCAUCACCACGGCUUUGGGCAAAAUUCGUGGCACCAUAUUGCCCUCGCAGGCGGGUCGCAAUUUCUAUGCCUUUCGGGGCAUCCCGUAUGCCAAGGCGCCCGUCGACAACUUGCGCUUCAGGCCGCCGGAGCCGAUUGAGCAAUGGUUUGAUAUCUUUGAUGCCACCUUCGAUGGACCCAAGUGCCCGCAGCCGGGACUGGUCAGCGAGGAUGUGAGCGAGGAUUGCCUCAGGCUGAACAUCUACACACGCCAGCUGCCCAGUGAAUCCGAGCCGAAUCCCAAGAAGCCCGUCAUUGUCUUCAUUCAUCCCGGUGGCUUCUACUCGCUGUCCGGCCAGAGCAAGAACUUUGCGGGUCCGCAGUAUUUCAUGGAUCGCAAUCUGGUGCUGGUUACAUUCAACUAUCGGCUGGGCACACUGGGCUUCCUGGCCACGGGCACACAGGAGGCACCCGGCAACAUGGGCCUCAAGGAUCAGGUGCAGCUGCUGCGCUGGGUAAAGCUGCACAUCUCGCGCUUUGGCGGCGAUCCCAACUCGGUCACGGUGCUCGGCUAUGGGGCGGGCGCCAUGGCCGUCACCCUGCACAUGGUGUCGCCCAUGUCGCAGGGUCUGUUCCAGCGAGCCAUUGUGAUGAGUGGCGCCGCAACGGGUCAGUGGUCGUUGCCGGAGCAUCAGAUGGACGUAGCCAAGAAGCAAGCGGCACUGCUGCAAUGCAGCACGAGGGACCUGAAGGAAAUGAUGCUCUGUCUGCGUGAGAAACACUAUUUGGAGUAUGCCAACACGCUGCCCCGCAUGUUUGACUUCGGGCGCAACAAUCCGCUCAUCCUGUGGAAGCCCGUGGUGGAGCCCGACCUUGGGCAGGAGCGUUUUCUCACUGAGGAUCCCGUGCGCAGCUAUCAGAAUGGCAACUUUAUGAAGAUACCCAUCAUAACGGGCAUGACCAAGGAUGAGUUUGUGGGUCCAGCUAUAUCCAUCUUGCAAAGUCCUUCCCUGCUCAGCGCGUUCAAUGGCAACUUUGAGGCCCUGGCUCCAAUCUGUUUCCUCUACAAUGCCAGCAGUCCGCGCGCCAAGAACAUUAGCCAGGAGUUGCAUCAGUAUUACUUUGGUAAUCUGCCGCUCGAGGCGAAUAGCUCGCUGCAGGCGCUGGCCACACUCUACUCGGAUGCCCUGACGGGCUUUGGUAUACACCGAUUUGUCCAUCUGGCCGCUCGGGCCACGAAGGUGUAUCAGUAUCGCUUCGCCUACCAGGGCGGACGCAGUCACAUCCACUAUCCCGAGGAGGCGCCCUACGGCGUCGUCCAUCACGACGAUCUAAUGUAUUUGUUUGUGGAGCCCUCGAUCAGUCGCAUGUUUACGGAGGAUGACGAUGAAUAUCGCAUGGUCGACCUGAUGACGCGCAUGUUCGCUGCCUUUGCCUACAAGGGCGACCCCAACAAGCCCAGCGACGAGAAAUUGCGCGACAUUCGCUGGCGCCCGUUCAGCUUCAAGAAACGCUACUAUCUGGACAUUGGCGACGAGCUAAUCUUGCGAGAGGGUCUGAAUGCGGCUCGCUACGAGAUCUGGAAGCGUUUAUUUCCCCUCAAUUGGCGGCGUCAGACCAAGGAGCGCUGGCUCAGUCAAUACAUCUGAAAGGGUUGCAGCUGCCUUUGCGCCCAACUGUACUUCAGUAUCAUAAAUACUAAAUACAAUUUGGCAUGCGAAAUG